UCUCGCGAUGAUUGAUUAAAUGAACGUCACCAAGAAAGGAUUUGCAAAUGGAGGUAGAAGAUAUGGUUGCUGUUUGAACGCCUAAAAGGUGCACCAGGUACAGCUAGCCAUGUCUGAAUCUCUGUAUGAGAAGUUUUUGGCCCCAGAGGAGCCUUUCCCCCUCCUCUCCCAAAGAGCCAACCUCAGUGAUGUGGGAACCCUGGACGUCAGUGACUUUAGCUGUCAGCUUUCAUCUUGUCACAGAACGGAUCCUCUACACCGUUUCCACACAAACAGGUGGAACCUGACGUCCUGUGGGACCAGUGUUGCCAGCUCAGAGUGCAGCGAGGAGCUCUUCUCCUCGGUGUCCGUGGGGGAUCAGGAUGACUGUUACUCCCUUCUGGAUGACCAAGAACUAACAUCACUGGAUUUGUUUCCGGAGGGCAGUGUUUGCAGUGACGUCUCCUCCUCCAUCAGCACGUACUGGGACUGGUCUGACAGUGAGUUUGAGUGGCAGUUGCCAGGAAGUGACAUUGCCAGUGGCAGCGAUGUCCUUUCUGACAUAAUCCCAAGUGUGCCGAGUUCACCGUGUUUGUUUUCCAAGAGGAAGCCGAAGCUUCACCCACAUCGCAACCUGGAUGAACUGCCUUGGAGCGCCAUGACUAACGAUGAACAAGUGGAGUACAUUGAGUACCUGAGUCGGAAGGUCAGCACAGAGAUGGGCCUGAGAGAGCAGCUGGACAUCAUCAAGAUCAUUGACCCAUGUGCUCAGAUCUCUCCCACUGACAGCGAGUUCAUCAUCGAGCUCAACUGUCUCACAGACGAGAAACUCAAGCAGGUUCGUAGCUACAUCAGAGAGCACAGCCCCAGGCAGCGAGCCAGCAGCACCAGGGAGGGCUGGAAGAGGAGCAGCCACAGCAGCGCCAGCACAGGCGGUGUGAGCGGCAGCAGCAACGCCAGCAUGGUCAGCUCCGCCAGCUCCUCCACCGGCUCCACCGCCUCCAACUCCGUGGCAGGUGGUACGGCCUCCGCCUGCAGUGGGAGCAGCGUUGCCAACAUCAGCAGAGCCCACAGCGACGGCAACCUUUCCAGUGCUGCAGAACGUAUACGAGACUCUAAAAAACGUUCAAAGCAGCGAAAGCUCCAGCAGAAAGCUCUCCGCAAGCGGCAGCUGAAAGAGCAGCGUCAGGCUCGCAAAGAGCGCCUGAGCGGACUGUUUCUGAACGAGGAGGUGCUGUCGCUACGGGUGACGGAGGAGGACGAUCACGGUGAUGAUCUGGACAUACUGAUGUGACAGCAGUGAAUCACUCAGUGCUCCCUCUAUGCCUGCUCUCUCCCUACAAAGCCACUACCAUAGAGCUCAUUCACCACUCUAACCCUCACCAUGCAUGCAUCAGCUCUCUGUAGGCUAUUAAAGCCUUUAGCUGCAAUAAUGUGCUUAGCAGUAAUUACUCUGUGGCCUAAAACUUAGCUUAAUAUCUUAGCUGCUUAUACAAGUGAUUCUAUUGCAGUCGCUACUAUGCUAGUCGCUAUAAUGCUAAUGCUUUGAUGGGAAACCAAUCUCAGUCUAGCCUGCUUACAGUCAGAAGCUAAAGUUGAACCAGCUGACAAACUGUUUAUUAAAAUUAAAUAUGUACUAAUUACAGUUAUUUCAUCCUAAUAUACUUAAUAAGAAGACUGCUUCUAGAUGCUUUUAUCUCCACUGCUGCUAAUACAACCAGGACAGGCAGAAGGACAGAUCAGAAGAGAAAUACCAUGUCUUUGAUACAUUUCUCGGUGAGCUGUAAAUGUAGCAUGAGUGUAUCACAGGGUUUACUCUCAUAUUGUGACAGAAAAUCUGGAUUUUGAUGGCUAACAUUGAGCAGUUAUUCACAACUGGGAAUGUUUUUAAGUUAACUCAGAGCUAAAGUUGAGUUUCAGGACAGUUUACGUCCAUCUUGAAAAUCAGGUGUUUAAAAGUGAAGCAAGCUGGCCCGUCUUUCUGUCCGCUGAGUGUUGUGGCCCCAUUUCACCGUCAAGGCUUAGAGGGAGCACUGAAACACUGCAUGUUUGACUCGUCGCCCACACUGAAUCCUCGUGUGGUCCUGUAACUACCAGCCAGCGUCAUGAUGUGCAUACAGCUGUUCAAACAGGUGUUGUAAAUAAGUGGUAAAUAACAUCAUAUUCACAGCUUGCUUUUGGGUUUCUCUUUGGAAAUAGUUUGAUUUGAAGUUUCUUUCUUUUUGUGUGUACUGUAAAUGGCCACAGCAGUUAAAAAGCUCUUGUUACUUGGUCUUUGCAGUAUUGAGUCUUAUGAUGCAUUUUGUGGCAUUUCAUCACAUUUUAAACACAGAUCUUUGUUUUUUCUUUGGAAAACUGCCACUGAAAUGAUUUAAUCACGAUGACAGAUGUCAAACGUGAGGAUUAAUAUGAGAUAAUGUGGCCAGUUUGGUUAAAACGCUGAACUUUAACUGGUUUUUUCAGGAUGUGAGUCUUAAAACUGAGGUUCAGAGAUGUACUCAGUUUACACUGCAGGAUGUUAAGAUGCCACAAAACAGCGUUUUUGAGGAUUGUAGCUAACAUGCUGUUUUCAUUUUUGGUAGUUUUAUUUGCUUUGUGGAGUUAUUUUGUUAUUGUUGUUUUCUCUCUUUUUUCCUGCUCAUUUGUUAGAAGCUCUUUUCCGCAGCCUGUGGGCCGUAAUGUGAUGGACCACUGCAGUUACUGGCCUAAAAGCCUGCUGUCCUUUUUAAUAAAGUGUAUUGUUCACAUAUAAAGUUAUUAAUUCAAACAGUUAUGUUUAAAAACAGCUUUAUGUAUUGUGUAGCAAUUAAUUAUUUAAAAGUCUAUUUUGAAAAUUGAGAAUUUUGACACAAAAGCAGAAAAAAAAAUUAAAAUGUGUGAUGCACCAACAUUAUUUGUGCAUAAGGUACCAUGAACUGCAGAAAAGGAAUUAAAGAAGCUUUUUUUGGGAGGGGUGUAUUUAGUCCGCUCAGUACUGUUAAUAUUGUAAACUUGACAAAUAAACUGUUGCAUUCAGA